AUGGAACGCCCAAAAGUCCUACCAGAAGUAAAUCUCACUUCAAUGAUGGAAUUUUUUCUUGUAGGGUUCUCUGAUAUUACUAAUCUGCAAAUGUUUCUUUUUGUGCUGUUUUUCUUUGUUUAUGUGUUUAUUUUGUUGGGAAAUGGUGUAAUUAUUCUCAUAACCAGGAUUGACAAAGCACUUCAGACUCCCAUGUACUUUUUCCUCAGGAAUUUGUCCCUCUUGGAAAUGUGUUAUGUGUCUGUCACGAUUCCUAAGAUGCUCAUCAACCUUUGGACUCAGAAAAGAAACAUUUCUUUGUUUAAAUGUGCUACACAGAUGUGCUUUGUCCUUAUCCUUGCAGGCACAGAGUGUUUGCUCCUGGCAGUGAUGGCCUAUGACCGCUACGUGGCUAUUUGUAACCCUCUGCACUAUCCUCUAGUCAUGAACCACAGGCUUUGUAUUCAGCUGGUGAUUGGCUCCUGGAUCAUUGGAAUCCCAAUUCAGAUAGGGGAGACAUACCAGAUUUUCUCUCUUCCUUUUUGUGGAUCUAACCAAAUCAACCACUUCUUCUGUGAUAUCCCUCCAGUAUUAAAGCUGGCCUGUGGGAACACUUUUAUGAAUGAGAUGUUAGUCUACAUAGAUGGCAUGUUGUUUAUCACAGUUCCAUUUCUGUUCAUACUUGGCUCCUACAGUAAAGUCAUCUCCACCAUCCUGAAGUUACCAUCAGCCACAAGUCGGGCCAAAGCCUUCUCUACCUGCUCAUCUCAUCUUAUGGUUGUGGCUUUAUUCUAUGGAUCAGGAAUCAUUACAUAUUUUCAACCCAAUUCCAAACAUUCUUCGAGAAAAGACAAAUUCUUCUCUCUUUUCUAUACCAUUGUCGUUCCAAUAUUUAAUCCCAUAAUAUACACUCUGAGGAAUAAGGAUGUCAUGGUGGCACUGAAAAAAUUGCUACCUUAA